GAAAUAUUUCGUUUGUUCGGUUUAGAGAAAACAGAAAACAAAAUUUUUUUUAAAUAUACAAAAACAUGUUGCGCAAAACUCUGCCCAACUGGACGAGCCAGGCGCUGUUGUGCCGUCAAAUGUCCGUAGUCGCCAGAUCGCUGAAGUACUCACAGCACGGCGAGCCGCAGGAUGUGCUGAAACUGGUGGAGGAUAGGCUGGCGGAUCCCAAGGAUAAACAAGUGCUGGUCAAAAUACUAGCAGCGCCCAUUAAUCCCGCCGACAUUAACACUAUACAGGGCAAAUAUCCCGUGAAGCCAAAGUUUCCGGCCACAGCAGGCAAUGAGUUUGUGGGCGAGGUUGUCUGUGUGGGUGACCAGGUGAAAGGCAUCCAGCCAGGUGCCCAUGUGGUGCCGCUAGCCUCUGGCCUGGGCACCUGGACAACGCACGCUGUCUACACCGAGGAUCAGUUGCUUGCCAUUUCCAGCAAGGUGGGCUUGGCAGAGGCGGCAACAAUAACAGUGAAUCCCUGCACUGCCUAUCGCAUGCUCAAGGACUUUGUGAAGCUAUCGCCCGGCGACACGGUCAUACAGAAUGGCGCCAACAGCGCUGUGGGUCAAGCUGUGCAUCAACUGUGCUGUGCGUGGGGCAUCAACAGUGUGGGCAUUGUUCGGAAUCGCCCGGAAAUAAGCGAGCUGAAGCAGAUGCUUCAGGGACUGGGCGCGACUGCUGUGCUAACCGAGGAGGAGAUGCGCACGAGCGACCUCUUCAAGACUGGAAAACUGAAGCGUCCCCAGCUAGCCCUCAAUUGUGUGGGUGGCAAGAGCGCAACGGAGGUGUCGCGGCACCUGAACGAUCGUGGUGUAAUGGUCACCUAUGGCGGCAUGUCCCGCGAGCCGGUUACCGUUGCCACAGGUCCACUGAUCUUCAAGGACAUUGCAUUUCGGGGCUUCUGGAUGACGCGCUGGUCCAAGGAGAACUACAGCGCACCGGAACGCAAGCAAAUGUUUCAAGAGCUCUGCCAGCUGAUGGAGCAGGAAAAGUUUGUGGCCCCAGCGCACGAGAUGGUGCCGCUAGAAAAAUUCAAAGAAGCCGCGGCUGCCGCGCUUAACUUCAAAGGCUUCACUGGCAAGAAAUUCAUCCUGGACAUGAGCUGUAAAACGUGAUUUAUUUUAUCCAAUUUUAGUUGAAAAUCAGCUUUUCAAUUGCUUUUAUAUAUGCGGAACACUUCCCAAUAAAUUAAUUGGGUAUUUUUAAAAAGG